AACUCAGGGGGAGGCAUGUUCUGGGCAGGUUAUCUCCGCCAUGUUGGAGAGGAGGCUGUUCCUUGGUUUUGUCUCCGAGUUCUGCGAGGGACUUUCUUUGUGGAACUCUCUCAGGACCCGUGUGGGGACGCGACUUUGGGAAAGAUGUCCGAUAAAGCAGAGGAGUUUGCUGUUGGGCCUGAAAAUCAAAUGAAACGUCGUGGAGAACCCAUUAGUCCUCCUCCAUCUAAGAGAAUGAUGAGCAUGGCCCUGCUGUCAAUGAAACAGGAAGGAGAGGGAGUGUCCUACCCUGGGGGCUCAGCCAUGUCCUUGGAAGAUGACCCCAAGGUCACAGGAAUGUCUGUGUCAGGAGAAAUGCCAGAUAAAUUGCAGAUACCAGUGGAAAUCAGUGCUGAAAUGAAACAACAAUUAAAGAAGGAAAUUCAACGUUUUGGACAAAAAUAUGAAAGAGUCUUCAAAUUGCUUGAAGGAGUGCAAGGACCUCUGGAAUUGCGGGAAAAAAUUUGCUGUAUUUUCCGUCAAGGGAACAGCAAGAUUUAAAAGGCAAGACUUAAUAAGGCACCUGGAGAAGGUACUAGAAAAAUUAGAAUCUGACUACUUCCUCAACAAAGACAAAUCACACCCCAAACUUAUAAUUCUGUUAUCAAAAUUAUCAGUGAGUAACCAGAACCAGUUUGCUGUCCUAGAAUAGAACUGGAUAUUGUUGAUGCUUUCUAGCACAUGUUCGUUAAUAAAAUUAUCUUAUUGAGAGUAA